GUAGAAGCCGAAGAAGAAGAAGACGCAGAAAAAGAAGGAGAAGGAGGAGGAAAAGAAGAAGAAAGAAGAAGAAGGAGAAGAAGAAGAAAGAAAGAGAAGGAAGAAGAAGAAGGAGAAGGAGGAGGAGAAAAAGAAGUAGUAGUAGUAAAAGCAGAAGAAGAAGAAGCAGAAAAAGAAGGAAGAAGAAGAAAGAAAAAGAAGGAAGAAGAAGACGAAGAAGAAGAAGGAAGGAGGAGGAGGAGGAAAAGAAGAAGGAGAAGAAGAAAGAAAGAGAAGGAAAAAGAAGAAGAAGAAGAAGAAGGAGAAGGAGAAGGAGAAAAAGUAGAAUUAGUAGAAGAAGAAGUAGAAGAAAAAGAAAAUGCAAAUGGAUAUGGGACUUCUUUGAAAGCAACGCAUCUAAUCAUCCCACCAUGGCCAGAGGAGGAGGAGGAGGAGAAAAAGAAGUUCAGGAUGACCUUCGAUGCAAAUACACGUUUCACGAUGACAGCUCGCCGCGCCUGCCAGUUCCCGGUGCCACGUUGGGAAGCGCAUUUUUUUUUUUUUUGCAGUGCACUCUCAGGAUCCCAGCGAGUGAGCGGCUAUAAAGGAUGGUGGACAGCGGCGAUGCGCAUUGAGCAGCGCGUCCAAAGCCGCGGCUCCGCGUCCAGGACUUGGAUGAGGAUCGAUGAGUUCGUGCGCAACGCUGAAGUGAUGGAUUCCCCCGCUCUCCGUCGCCGUUUGGCAGUUUGGUAACGUUUUAGAAAACGCAAGCGUGGGCUCGGACGCGACCACUCGGCGGAAAUCCCGAAUUCACGCGCCGUGGACCCGAGCUCGUCCCCCGGAGGUUUGUGGCUCGCAAACUUUGCGCGCACGGCGCCGUUCCACGUUCGCAUCGCGUCGCGUCGGCCGAGGCUCGUUUCUGCUGUAACGGUGCGGAACAAAAGGCUUUGCGAUGUCCGAAUUUCACAAUCGGAGCGAAAGCAGCGCGCGUCGCAGUGACUACGUGUGGCAGUAUGAAUAUUACGACGACGAGGAGCCGGUGUCCUUCGAGGGACUCAAAGCGCACAGAUACUCAAUCGUCAUCGGCUUCUGGGUCGGACUGGCAGUGUUUGUCAUAUUCAUGUUCUUUGUGCUCACGCUCCUCACGAAGACGGGAGCGCCGCACCAGGAGAACCCAGACUCUGCAGAAAAGCGCCAUCGACCGGGGAGCCGCGUGGCCGACGGCCCCCAGGACGAGCACGACAAAGUCUUCUCGCGUCCGCUGCUCGCCGGGUCCCACUCCUACUUCCACUUCUUUGUCAACGAGGAGGACCUGGGCCACGGGACGCACGCGGCGGAGGACCAGCGGGCCGGGCAGGACGCGGGGCCCCAGCGGGGGGCCCGCGGCCGCCUCCGCUGCGUCGGCUCCCCCGGGAUGGAGGAUAUGGAGGAGGACGUGGAGGAGAGCGGGGGACACCAGCCUCUGAGGGAACUGGCGGAGGGCAGCACGACGGACACGGAGUGCGCCUUCCUGUCCCACUUCAACAUCCCCAACUUUGUGAACUGGGAGCACAGCUCGGUUCUGGGGGAGGACGACCUGUACGAGCCGUCCGUGGUGCUGGAGGCCCAGGCUCAUUCGCGCAAGGCUCACUGUGACAUCCACUGAGGAUGUAGUGACACCACAGGCCGGGAACAUUGUGGGAUAUCAUGGGAUUCAUUCCAGGAAAAGGAUGACACAGUUCACAGUUACAGAACCACAUUUCAUCCCAGAGACAGAACUAAUCUCACCAAUGCCACCUGUUACGUCAACCACCCUCCAGCUCCUCCGAAUGGGACGUGGCCGUACGGUACGUGACCGGGACACCUUUCCAGGUGUGAACAUGGCGGCGCUAGUCAUUUGCAGCGACUCCUUGGUUUCUGGUGCAGAUCUGGACAAUAACAGCAGACGCACGCGUCAGCUGUUCUGUCAACUGUUAAAAUGCUUAGUGUCUGAAAACCAAUAAAUGUACUAAUAAGUAGCACAAAAUCAAACAUAUCAUUGUAUUUAUUUUUUAUUUUUUUGCUGACCGGACACUUUGAAUCAAAAUGUAUAAGUUCAUGAUGCUAAAUGUUGAUUAAAAGGUUUUGAACAUCAGCUGAGCUCAGCACGUUUGUAUCAUCACGUCACUCCCAGGUUUAAAUGACGUGAACGCUGCAGAGACUGUUUGCUGACAUUUAUAUCGGCUGCUCGUUAGCGCUGACUGAAGUGCUCGUUGCCCCUUCCCCAAGUUAAUUAAUAUCUACUGUAGGAGGCGUCUUAAUGUUCCCCUCGCCAUGGUAACGGUGUAACUGUUUGGCUGUUGGGCCGACUG